ACCAAACUCGAACGCUUGGCCGCCGCGAGCGAGCGCGAGACAAUCAAGCUCUCGCCGCCGAUGCGCGCGCGCGGGGGCGCGCCGGCGGUGCGGCCGGAGCACCUGGCGGCGCACGCGCGGCUCGUCAAGUCAGCCAAGAUCGACGCGUUCGUCGUCACCGCCGUCAUGCGCGCCUACCUCCGCGCCUCCCUCCCCUUGCAGGCCCUGCUCGCCCUCCGCGGCCUCCUCCCGCGCGCGCCCCGCCUCCUCGCCAACUCCUUCUCCCUCUCCCUCGCCCUCCAGUCCUGCGCCGCCGCCGCCGCCACACUCCCCCCAAACCCCGCCGCAGCCCCGCCCCGGCUCGGCCCCGCGCUCCACGCGCGCGCGCUCAAGUCGGGCUUCGCCGCCGCCGACAUCUUCGUCCGCACCGCGCUCGUCGAGAUGUACGCCAAGACGGGCCUCCCGGCGCUCGCGCGCGCCGCCUUCGACGAGGCGCCCCGCCGGGACGUGUUCCUCUGCAACGUGAUGCUGGCCGCCUAUGUCUCCCGCUGCGACGUCGCGGAGGCGCGGGAGGUGUUCGACGGAAUGCCGGACAGGGACCUGGUCUCCUGGAACACGAUGAUCCACGGCUACACGGUGAGCGGGGACGUCGGCGCGGCGCGGGAGAUAUUCGACGGGACGGCGGACCGGGACGCCUUCUCCUGGAGCUCCAUGAUCUCCGCGUACGCCAAGGGCCGGCGCUCCAAGGACGCGCUGGAGCUGUGGAGGGAGAUGCGGCUGGCGCGUGUCGCGCCGGACUGCAUCACCAUGGUGAGCGUUCUCUCCGCGUGCGGCGACGUGGGGGCGCUGGCCAUCGGCGCGGAGGUGCACCAGUUUGUCGAUAACAACAAUGUUGAGGUGGACGUGAAGCUCGGGACUGCUCUGGUCGACAUGUAUGCCAAGUGCGGUGACAUCGAGAGCUCGCUGAGGGUGUUCCGUGCCAUGCCGGUGAAGGACGUGCUCGCUUGGAGCUCAAUGGUUAUCGGGCUCGCCAAUCACGGGCUUGGCCAUGAUGCUCUCGGUUUGUUCUCGGAGAUGACAUCAGAAGGGCUGCAGCCAAAUGAGAUCACCUUCAUUGGAGUUCUUAUCGCGUGUACUCAUGUUGGGCUAGUGAGUGAGGGCAAGAAUUAUUUCAGCUCAAUGAGCGACGUUCAUGGUGUGGCGCCAAGGAUCGAGCACUACGGAUGCAUGGUGGAUCUUUUGGGGCGUGCGGGCCAUGUUGAGGAGGCAAUGGAGCUUAUCAGGAGCAUGCCGUUUGAGCCAGAUGCAGUUAUUUGGAGGGCUCUUCUUGGAGCCUGUCGCAUCCAUAAGAAUGUGGAGAUUGCAGAGGAAGCUAUGGCCAGGUUGAGGGUGUUGGAUCCUCUUGCUGAUGGACACUAUGUGUUACUGUCGAACAUAUAUGCACAAGCGAAUUCGUGGGAAGGUGUUGCAGAAAUAAGAAAGACGAUUAGGAGGGAGAACAUUCAGAGGGUGCCUGGCAGAAGCUCGAUCGAAUGGGAGAACACGGUUCACGAGUUUGUUUCUGGUGAUAGAUCUCAUCCGAGGUUUGGGGAGAUCUACAAAAUGUUGGAAGAGAUGAUGGACCGGUUGAGACAAGCAGGAUAUAGGCCAAUGACAAGCUUGGUGUUGCAAGAUAUCGAUGAGCAAUCUAAGACACAAGCAUUGGCUGAACAUAGUGAGAAGUUAGCAAUUGCUUUCGGGCUGCUGACCACCCCUGCAAGGUCAACUCUUCGAAUAACAAAGAAUCUCAGAGCUUGUGAAGACUGCCACUCAGCCAUUAAGCUUAUAUCCCUGGUAUAUGACCGGAAGUUGGUUGUUAGAGACCGAAACCGUUUCCACCAUUUCAGCGAAGGGAAGUGUUCGUGUAAGGAUUACUGGUGAAGUUGCAUGCUUUUACCAGAUCAACUUCUGGUGUAGCAAAUUUUCUUUCCUGUCUUGCAAGUGAUCUGAAGUUUAAGAUUACUAGAUAUUCUUUUAGUUGAGCAUGCAUCUGAAGGAUGUAAAACUGGAAGUACAAUCACCUAUCACGUUUUCUUCUAAGUCA